AUGUGCAGCGGCGAGAAGGACGCACCUGCGCUUGCUAGCGACGCGAAGGGUGUGGCAGAUCGCCGUCCGGCCGCGCUUGCGCCGUCGGCGGCCCCAUAUGGCCCCCCACUUAUGACGACCAGUUCUAUGGCUAUGGAUUUGAUGGACACAGCUCCGGAAACUUUGAAGACAGCGCUGUCUGCUCCGCUCCCCGAUUCUGAAGAUGAGAGCUCCACCGCCCCUCAGCCACGCGGACCAAGCGGGAAACAGAAGAGGAGGGCAACAGCCGCGACGUCCGCUGUUCGCCGCUCGCCGAUCGAGAAGAGGGCCAAGCAAGAUUUCGCCCCUGGCGCUGAUGGUUUUGUCCCGGCCCGGCGCACUGCAAGACCCAUGCAGUCAUCGAGGACGCUUCCAACUGCCGUCGCCAACUCAUUCGACGCGAUCGCUGACGCGCAGGACCAACUGCCGCGCGAUCCUGCGCCGAAGAAAGACUCCCAUCUUCCGCCGGUGGUCCUCCAGUUUCGGCCGCCCUAUGGGGAACUGCAGAAGUUGUUGCGUAGCUGGACAACGGCCGUGUAUACCGUGAAGCCUGCCGGACGAGACCUGUACAUGGUCACACUCCGCACUGCUGAUGACUAUCGCCACGUCACCCAGGAGGCGUGUGAGCGCGGAAGUGCGUGCCCCCGUCCGCCCACUGAGAAGCCGACUUGUGCACUCUGUGGCGGUGCUCACGUGGCCACCUAUCGUGGGUGUGAGGUGUGGAAGCGUGCCAUCGCUCGCCAACGUGGCCAAACACCAGCGCCACAUCCGAAGAAGCCAGCAACGAGACGGCUCGGCGUCUCUUUCGCGGCGGCAACGUCAGGGGCGCCCCCCGCCGUCCCGGCUGCGACGGCUGCUCCUGCUCCUGCCGCGUCCGAUGCUGUGCCGAUACCUGAGGCUCCUGCACCUCCACAGCUGCUAGUGGCGGACCCGGGUACUGCCUCUCCCGGGACGUCGGCCAGACCGCGCCCCGCCAAUCGCCGGCGCGGGGGUCAGCGCCCCGUGGGUACCCAGCGCUCAGCACCGUCAGUCGAGCAGCCCCAGGUGGACUCUCACAGCGAGUCAGCAACGCCUCCCCCUUCCAGCGACGGGGCCGCGCCGGCUGCCUCCACCGCUGACCUGGCCAACCUCGUCGCGCAUCUCACUGCCUUGGUGAUCAGUGCUACGAAAUUGAUUGAAGCCCUGUCGCAGCAACUCACCGCUGCAGUGCCGCUGGCCUCUCCGGCCCCGACCGCUGUCAACACUCACCAGCUGCACCGUGGACAGCGUUAG